UUGAUCCAAAUCUACACAGUCGAGAAAUAGAGGGGGUGGAGUCUUUGUGCACUGGAAAAUUCCUGCAGCUAAUGAUCCAGCCACACCAGAACUCUGUUCACCACCAGAAAGAAAAGACCACAACUUUUGUUAUUUAAGAUCAAGAGGCAUCAUGAAUUCAACUUUCAUCUAUGACAACCUACCCAAAGCUGCAGAUGUAUCAACCUGCACACAUCUAUCUUGCAUGUUCAUGGCAACAGCCCUUGUGAUAAUCUUCAUCCUGGGUUCUGCUGGAAAUGGUCUGGUGAUCUGGAUCGCUGGGUUUAAGGUGAAGAAGUCAGUCACCAGCACCUGGUACCUGAGUCUGGCUGUCUCCAACUUCCUGUUCUGCUGCACCCUGCCCUUCACUGUUUUCUACACAGUCAGAGAAGGCUUGAUCUUCGGACUCUUCAUGUGCAAGUUCAUUUCCUUCAUUAUGUUCCUCAACAUGUUCAGCAGCAUCUUUAUCCUCGUCAUCAUCAGUGUGGACCUCUGUGUGGCUGUUAUGUUUCCAGUGUGGGCUCAGAAUCACCGCACCAUCAGAAAGGCCUCUGUGAUCGUCAUGCUGAUCUGGAUCAUCUCAGCAGGAAUCAGCACACCAUCACUCAUCUUCCGUGCUGUUCAGCCUGAUUACAGAAAGCAAACGCAAGUCUGUUUCAAUGAUAUUGCCUAUGACCAAGACCAUAUCACUGUAGUGGUGUGCCGGUUUGUUUUUGGAUUUGUGAUCCCGUUCCUGAUCAUUAUCGUCUGUUACAACGUCAUCGAACGAAAGCUGAGAAACAACCAAUCUGCAAAGUCCAAAAAGCCCUUCAAGAUCAUGACGGCACUGACUGUUGCUUUCUUACUCUGCUGGAUACAGUUUCACAUGUUUCCUUUGAUGGAACUAAAGGAUAAGAACUAUGCUGAAAAUAUUCCUCGAGUGAUUGGCGUCAUUUUAGCCUGCGCCAACAGCUGUGUGAACCCGUUUUUGUAUGCCUUUAUCUGGAGGGAUGGUAAAAUGAAGCCGUACACAUUUCUGUCCAAGUUUGAAAAUGCACUUCAGGAGGAGAACGAGGACCAGAACACAGUCUAAUGCCCGGAUCAGACUACAUGAAUUCCCCCGAGUAAGACAGGAAACAAAGAGGACUGUUUAAUCUGACAUAGUGAAUAUUUUGUGAGACAAAAAUGUUGUUUCGUCUGAGCUUGUUGCUGUCUUUAACUUGACCGCUGUAUUUAUAAACCUUUUUAAAGGAACGUUUUAAAGAUACAUGAGUAUAUAUAAUCACUGGAAAUAUCUAUAGCUACAGUGGUGCUUGAGAGUUUGUGAUAUUUCUGCAUAAAUAUGAAUCAAACAGAUUUUCACAGAUUUUAUCUCCUAAAUCUAGAUAAAGAGAACCAGUUAAACAAAUUAGACUAAAUUGCUCUCAGUAUCUGGUAUUAACUAAACUUUCCGGUAACUGUUGAUCAGUCCAGCUUGAAGUCAUUUUAGCCCACCUUCUCUUGAGAUUCAGUUUAUGGAUAGAUGUCUUGACAUUUUUCUUUUCAGUUAUCUGAUAUAAUUCAGAAUUCAUAGUUCUAUUAAUGCAGCAAAACAGGCCUAAACCAUGAUACUACAACAUCCAAGUUUUACAGAUAGAUGGGAUGAGUUUGUUAUGCUGGAAUGCAGUGUUUUCCUUUCUCCAAAUUUUUAAUUUAUUCUUUAAUUUAUUCAAUAGCCUUCUGGCUUGUGAACUGCAGACGAGUCGGGAGCAGUCCUUUUUAGAGAGAACUGGCUUUCUCCUUGCAACCCUGCCAUGCACACCACUGUUCUCCUGAUGGUAGACUCAUGAACAUGUAAGAGAGGCCUUCAGUUGCUUAGAAGUCACUCUGGGGUCCUUUCAUACCUUGCUGACUAUUACAUGCCUCGCUGUUGGAGUACAUUAUUUUUGUCUCAUUUGUUUAACUUGGUUCUCUGUAUCUUCUUUUGGGACUGAAGAUUCGUUUUGGAAAUAUUUAUGCAGAAAUAUAGACAAUUCAAAAAGCACCAUUAGAAACCUCUACAACUUUGUGCUAAGACAUAUUUAGCUUAGUAAAUAUGAGCAAGAGUUGCUCACAUCAGUCUACAUUUGUAAUCCUUUAUUGUUACUGAAAUCUACCUUCCAAAUAGCACUAAAAUCCUUCUGAGUGAAACUAUUACUUUGAGUGUAUAUUUGUGUAUUCCUUGAUUAACUGUAAUUCAAUACUGCAUUAUAUUAACUGCAGAUAACAUUCUAACCACCAAUUUUAUAUCCAGCAUAUAAAACAGACACUAACCCAAUAUUAUAAUACACUGAUAUGCCAAAAGUCAUGGAACAGGUAUAAAACACUACACUGACCUCUGUAAAAGGUAUCAAAUGUAUUGAAGUUCAUCACUCUGUAGGUAGAAGUAUAGAUACUAGUGUUUAAAUUACUUAUUUGGAAGUAAAGGCAUCAACUCUAGCUUUUCACUUUUUUAGUAAAAGUGUAAAAGUACUUUCAAUUUCAAAACUACUUAAAGUAUAAAAGUAAAAGUAAUGUAAGGGGGAAAAGUACCAUUAAGGAUAAAAGUUUAGGCUGCACCACAGGAGCCUAUAGUGCACUUUGAUAAAGUCUUCUUGCCAUGAGUGCGCUGGCUAGUGUUAAACCCACAAGAUAACACCUUACAACUUCAGGUGCAGGUGUUACUAAGCUGUCCUCUAAGAAAGUUAACAUGUCAUGAUCAAUUUAAAAUAAUCUUAAGAUUUUUGGCAUGUAAAUUUAAUUUUAUCACCAUGUAAUAAUUCAAUAAAUGUCAUAAAUAAAACUGC